AGAAUGGAGAGCGGAAUAAAUGGAGCAGAAGAGCUGUAUUCCCGAGAGGAGUUCCAUUAAAAAUGAAGAGCAGGAGGUGACCGUUAACGGUGGUGUGGUGUAGCUGAAAAACAAAUCGUAGGCACGUUUUAAGAGUCGACAGAUUUCUGUGCAUGCACUCAGCGGCAAGUCAUUCCGCUCUGUGAGGCAACAGCGGACGCGGUACUAUUUUUAGAAACAAUGUUGCGGAGGAGGAAUCAAACUGGGCUUAAAACAGUGUUUUCAAGACAAUCGGCUGCUUUAAGUGCCGCAAACUGAGACUCCUAUCUGCGCUUUUCGGGUCAUGGGGAAGGGACAUUUAUACCAAUCUUAUAUCUGAUGCCAAAUGAUGCCUUUUUUUCUCCCGCUCUCCAGGAAAGCGCACCGGUGGACUGCAAACUUCUGCGCCAUGGAAACCACUACUCUUUAUAGCAACAGCGGCUGCAAUGCUGUUGGGACCUCGUUUAGUUGUGUGUCUUUUCCCAGUCUUAGAAUUUCUAAAGAACACUGCAGUUUGGGCUGUGAAUGAUAGUUAUUAUUGAAUGAUAAAUUAAGACAAUCGUUGAGGCGAUCGCUGUUUGCUCAUCCUCUUUACUUCUAUCCAGUGAACCUUUUUUGCCGGCUCCUAUGGGAAUUAAGCACUCGUCCCGCUGCAUGCUCCUCAGGAGAAAAAUGGCGGAGUCUGACAGCAUUGAGCAGCCACAGCCACAGCCACGGCCAAUCCGCAUAAUUCAAUCCCAGUCGGCACAGCCCACCUCGUUGCCCAAGCCAGUGCCUUCCAUCCAGCAUGGCUCACGGCCUCCUCUGCCGCCACACACCCCUCAUGUUGCCAGCCUUCCUAGCAGUACUGGGCGGGGGAAGAUGUCCAAGUUCCUUAACCCAGAGGAGAUGACCUCACGAGACUACUACUUUGACUCUUAUGCCCACUUUGGUAUCCAUGAGGAGAUGCUGAAGGACGAAGUGAGGACGCUCACUUACAGGAACUCCAUGUACCACAACAAGCACGCCUUCAAGGACAAAAUAGUGCUGGACGUUGGAAGCGGAACUGGGAUCCUGUCCAUGUUCGCGGCCAAAGCCGGGGCAAAGCACGUGUAUGGGAUUGAAUGUUCCAGCAUAUCAGAGUACUCAGAGAGGAUCAUCAAGUCCAACCACCUCGACAGCGUGAUCACCAUCUUCAAAGGCAAGGUGGAGGAGGUGGAGCUUCCCGUUGAGAAGGUUGACAUCAUAAUAUCUGAGUGGAUGGGCUACUGCCUCUUCUAUGAAUCCAUGCUCAACACCGUCAUCUUUGCCAGGGACAAGUGGCUGAAACCCGGUGGAUUAAUGUUUCCUGACCGUGCCUCUCUGUACGUGGUGGCCAUAGAAGACAGGCAGUACAAAGACUUCAAAAUACAUUGGUGGGAGAACGUGUAUGGCUUUGAUAUGACCUGUAUCCAAAAUGUGGCCAUGAAGGAGCCACUGGUGGACAUAGUGGACCCCAAACAUGUGGUGACCAACUCCUGCCUCAUCAAGGAAGUGGACAUCUACACAGUGAAGACUGAGGACCUCUCAUUCACCUCAGCGUUCUGCCUGCAGAUCCAGAGGAACGACUACAUCCACGCACUGGUCACCUACUUCAACAUCGAGUUCACUAAGUGUCACAAGAAGACUGGUUUCUCCACCGCACCAGAUGCUCAAUACACCCACUGGAAGCAGACAGUGUUUUACCUGGAGGACUAUUUGACGGUGCGGAGAGGAGAGGAGAUUGUCGGCAGCAUUGAUAUGAAGCCCAAUGAGAAAAACAUUCGCGACUUGGACUUUACCUUCGAGCUGGAUUUCAAAGGGCAGCUGUGUGAAGCGGCCAUAUCCCACGACUACAAGAUGCGCUAAGAUCGACUGGGGGACGUCGCUGCCCCACUGAGUACAACCCCUGAGCACCCGAGGGAGACAGAGACACUCCCACGACCACAGACAGACACAUUGUGAGCUGUAAGAGGGGCAGAGAAGAAAAGAAAAGACCAGGCCAAAGACCAAGCAGAGGUGGCGCCAUUGACAAUAUCACUAUUGUCACUACAGUGUGUGAUGAAGGCAGGCUGUUACUCAUGCUGACUGUUAAACAAAACUGAAUGUAAAACCAACAAAAAGAGGUCAGAAACAUCUAGUGUUGAUGAAUGUUAUUGAUUAUUGAUGCGUCUAUAUGUGAGAUGGAGUGAUGUACCUGUGUGUUUUGCUCAGUAUUUGUUUUCCACAAUAACCUGGACUUUAUUGAGGGCUGUUUGGCAUAUUUCUAAAUUACACCAGAGCUCAUGUAUUCAACUUGUAUUUCCACAUUCUCCCAUAGGUAGACAAAAAAAAAUGAAGGUGCAAUUCUUAUGUCAUAAUAUGUACUGUAGGGAAUGAUUGUCAGAGAUACACUUGUAUCUUUAGUUGUUUCAAUUAAGCAAUGUUGGAAAUCUAACAGCAAUCGAAGGCGACAGCCAAGGACUCAUCCGCGUAGGUGCAUAUAAGUGUAAUGUGAAAGGUAACACGUGUUUGCGUAGUCAGUGUACUAGUAGCUUUCUGUGAGUGUGUAAUAGAAGGUGUCACACAGCGUGGACUCCAGAUGUGCCCUGUGUUGUCAGUUUGAGCAGUGAUGUUGACAUGCCAAUAACAGAACUUCCCCAUCCUUAAUGCCUUGACCAAGUGCCAAAGUGUUCCUAGCUUUUAUUUCUAUAGUUUCAUGUACAGACGCUCUCCUUUCAUUGGGUUAUUAAUAGAAGUUAUUGUUUAAAAACAGGCUAAAGCAAUGAAGCUUCUUUAGUCCUCAUCUGGGCACAAUCCACGUCAAACAAUCUAACCCCACAUAUAGUAUGUGAUUAGAGGAAUACUUCACGCCCAAGAUGAUCAUUUGUAUAUCGAUUACUCAGGGUGACACAGGGUGAGUAUUUGAUACACAGAUGAUGAUUUUCGGGGAUGAAGUAUUUAUUUAAGUCCUACAAACGAGCAGUAAUCCCUGUACCAAUGUAUCGGUUUGAACCUCAUGAGAUUGGGAAUCGUGUCUCUUGAGUACUAACACACAAUGUGGGACUCGAGUUCACAGACUUUAUCUCAGUCUGAGACACACUGCACAGUUUAAUCUUUCCACUUCACCUGUGCUCUUACGAAGGUCAUUGCCUUGGUACCCACUGAGGGGUUUUAUUCACUCAAGACGCAUAUCUGGGCACAGAUUAUUUCACAUUAUUCUUCCUAGUAUAAACCUCAAACUACUACUGUCAACUAGGGAAAAUACAAUAAGUUUGAAGCCAUUUAUCUUUCCCAGAUUGUAAGUGUGUGUUCUUUGGUAUUAUUGUGUCCAGAGACAUGUUCCCAUGUCUUAUAUAUCGUGCAGGACCCCUAAUGAAUCUAUGAAGGCCUGUAAAUAAAAUGUAAGCUAUUAGUACCGGGGAGCAAUGGAGGAAACUACAUUUAUAAAGCAUGCAACAAGAUGUUCGUAACAAUCAACACAUAGUGCAGCAUUAAAAUGUGCUGCUGUCUCGGCGACAGUUUCUUUGACCCUGCGUAUUUUACAGGCUGUCACAAACAAGCAAUACGAUGUUAUGAGUCAUUACUUACUAUAACUAUAAAUGGUAAUCUGAAUUAUUUAAAAUGAUCCUUGUAUUAAAAAAAGCAUCUUUGGAUCUAGUUACACCUUUACAGAAAAUGUAUUCUGAAAGUCGGCUGCUCCAAUCAAACACACAACUAGUUUUCCAUAUAGUUUAUAAGUUAUACAAAUUCUAAUAAAUUGGCAUGCUAAUUUCACAACAUAUUAAAACUUGUUGUUUUUCAUAAUUGUAAAUGUCAACUUGAAUAAACAGCAAUGUCCC